AGGAAGAAGGAAAGUAUAAGUCAAGCUGAGGUCGGUCUUCCUGGCUAAAGCGGUACGUUUCCAAGAAUUCUUCAGCUCAGUCUGUACGUUGGCGAAGCACUGAUCCGAAUUACCUGCCACUGAUCCCGCCGACGUUUAAUCUGUUGUCUCCUUCUCCACGAUUUCGAUGAUCUGAGGUUUUGUUGCUCCAUUGGAGGAUUUUGACAUGUCCAGGCCUCGGGUCACCAUCACUCUCGGCCGCUCUGGUCAGGUGGUGAAGAGGGAAGGAAACGCAUUCAAUGAAUCUCGGUUCAAUUCUCUGCCAUCAUCGGGCAGUAAGAGGCUGAUAAGAGACCGACUUGGCGGGAAUGCCAAUAAUGUUCGGUCUGGGAGCCACUCGAAUGCAAAGCGUUUCGAUGAGACAUCUAAAAGAAGAGUGUUGGAUCUGAUGUGGAAUGACUGCAGACAACGCGGGGAUAUUAAUGGGAGUUCAAAUGGACUGCAGGAGGAGGACCUUCGAGUGAAGCUCAUGCAAAAGAAUAAAGCGAAGCAAGUUCACGGAAACCAUAAUAACAUGAGCCGUCAUGGUAAUAUAUCAACAGCAAAAACUUCGACCUUGGGUACAUGGUCAAGGCAGCACAUGCGUGACCCCGAACAAGAGAGCUCUUUACGGAGAAUUUCACCCACUAGAAGUGCAGAUGAUCUGCUCCAGCUAAACGCAGUGAGGAAGUCUUACUCUUCUUGGGAUGGACAGAGACAUGGAUCUCCAGAUAGGAUAGCGGGGGCUUCAAGGGAAUUCUCACUGAGAUAUGGAUCUCCAGAUAGUAGAAUUGGAGCUUCUAUGGGACAUUUGUCACUGAAACUACCGAAUGGUCAGCACCAAGUACUAUCACAUGGACCAGUUGAAGUAUCACAGCAUCCUCCCUAUGCUGGAAAAAAUGUCUAUGACCAUGUGCGGCCUUUAGAGACAAGAACAACUUUGUCUGUUGAAGCUACAAGACCCAUUCCACGACAGCAUCCUCAGAGCAGCAUGCUGCAGCAGGGCUCAUAUCUGGAACCACUUACCAUUGGGAAUUUUUUGAAUUCACUUGGUUUGGGCAAGUAUGCUAUUCUCUUUCAGGCUGAGGAAAUUGACAUGACUGUGCUAAAGCAUAUGCAGGACAAUGAUCUCAAGGAGUUGGGGAUACCAAUGGGGCCUAGGAGGAAGAUUCUUCUAUCCCUCUCAUCUCUUUCAAGGAGAAUGUAGUAUUGCUCGGGUUUCCAAUUACUUCAUGCGGGAACUCGCAUCCUGUUUACAAAUUUUGCCAUCAUUCUUAUCCAUAUUUUGUUGGCGGAGAAAAGUGGCUAUUGUUCUGUAAGGCAAACCAUUGUUAGUAAAAUCUAUUUGAUACAGCUACAAACUUGCAAUCAUGUCUAUGAAUCUGUAUAUUGCUAUAAUCAUUCUGAAGUCGUUAGAGUGAGGCUGUCUCUUUUUGUAACAUUGCUCAGUGUGAAAUAUUAGUUGAUGAAAAGUGUUGCCCUUUUUGUAAGGCUGUCUCUGUCUAUACAAUAUGUUGUUUCUCCCCAUUUCAA